CAAAACACAACAUUUGAAAUUUGGAUCCAGGGUUUAGGGUUCCAAAUUUAAGCGGACAUUUUCCUUUACCGUUCUUGAGAAGAGCUUCGUUCUUCAGCUUUUCAAUUUGGAGGGAAAAUCCCAACUGAGCUCAACUCAAAGGACUCUUUAUUCAGUGCUCAUCUUUGGAAAGAAAUGAGCACCACGGUUCAUAGAACUCCCAAAUCAGGGAGACAAUCAUUGUUUUUCCAAGACUUGGCAUCACCAGUCUCUGCCCGGAGAGGGAAAUUUUCUAGUCCAGGUCAAGCAGCGGCUGUAUCAGCUUUAUGGCAUGAGAAUUUUGGAGGUUCAGAUCUUCCGCCUCCUCCUAUGUUCACCCUGGAGGAUCGUUCAGAUUUUUCUCCUAAAUCUGGGAUCCUGGAUUAUCCUAUGUCUCCUGAAAUCAAGUCAGACCCAAGAACUCCAGUCCGAACAUCUGGACGUGACUUCUCAACUCCAGCGAAGAGCAAGUCAGAGGCUAGCACUUCUUUUUCUGUACUAAGUGGCCAGCAGAAUCAGCAGAGCCCAACGAGUUUGAGUUGGUGGUCAUCCACAAAGGCAAGUGGCAGUGAGCAGGAUGACAAGGGAAAGGGUUCUCCUGUUGAGGGUGUGGUUCAGCCUGGUGCUUUGAUCACACUUCCACCUCCAAGGGAAGUUGCUAGGCCAGAAAUACAAAGGAAUUCCAUACCUGCAGGAAAUUUGGAUGAGGAAGAAUGGGUUACUGUUUAUGGAUUUUCACCUGCUGAUACAAAUUUAGUUUUGCGAGAGUUUGAAAAGUGUGGUGUGAUAUUGAAACAUGUUCCUGGUCCAAGGGAUGCUAACUGGAUGCACAUUCUAUAUCAGAAUCGAUCUGAUGCUCAGAGGGCUCUCGGCAAGAAUGGAAUGCAAAUUAAUGGAGUACUGAUUGUUGGUGUGAAGCCAGUGGAUCCAAUGCAACGCCAGGCUUUAGAUGAAAGAUUGAAUAAUCAGGGAUUCAUGACUUUACCCCCGGCAUCAAGUAGAUCAUCAGAGCUGAACAAUUUCCGACCAUCUCGCCCUUACUAUCUUCAAAAUGGCAAUACCAAUGCACGACAGUCAGGAGGUGCUAUUGCAAACCCUACAAAAUCACUAGGGUUGAAAGUCAUGGAGUUCUUGUUUGGAUAUUAGGUACAGCUGUUUCAGUCACCCCCCUGCCCUUGUGCUAUUUCAUUAUACGUGUGACAGUGUUCGUUCCAGAUAUUCAUACAGAGGAUGGAGUGUUCCAGUCUACUGAGGGUUUCAGUAUAUCAUCGGCUUAAAUCAGCAAUUUCCCUUGCAGUGGGAAGUGUUGCAUUUUUAUUUGUAAUUGCAAUUGUAUAAGACUGCAGAGUUUGAACUAAAAAUGUCAUAAAUUCUUUUCUGUGGGAUUAACAAGUAUGCCAGCCACCAUUCAUAGUG